AUGAACAAAAACAGUUUACUACACUAUGGGGAUUCUCGUGCAAACAUGGAAGCUUACAAUCCAUCUUACGUCAUUGUCCUCGACCAAGGCUCAUGGAAAUCAGAGCCCGUUGUCGACUCACCCCAUCGUGCGUUAGUCAUUGACCACCAUCUGGCAGAAGACGAUGACCACCCUGAGGGCGCGAUAUUAGUUACGGCGAACAAAUGCCCACCGAUAGCUACAAGUUCGCUGCUGACGUAUCUCAUCUGCCGCGACUUACACGAAGGAGUCGAGGAAUCAUGUGGGUGGUUAUGUGUUAUGGGAACGCAUGGGGAUCUGGGUAAUGCGACCAAAUGGCGCUCGCCAUUCCCGAACAUGCAAGCGACGUUUGGGAAGCAUACCAGAACGACGAUAAACAAUAGUGCAAAGCUCAUCAAUGCUCCUCGCCGAACUACAGCCUACGACGUCCCCAGAGCCUGGAAAACAUUGAUCAAGGCCUCAUCGCCCAUAGAGCUUGUCAAGAAUAAGUUCUUAAGGGAAGCAAGGGCCGAAGUGAUACAUGAAUUGAAGAGGGCCGAUCGCGUUGUUCCCUUGUUUUCUGCUGAUAAAAAAAUCGUAGUGAUCCGCAUCAAAUCGAAAGCACAGAUUCAUGCUCUCAUUGCAGAACGACAGGCUCGUCAAUUGUUUUCAAGAGAACUCCAAGUCGUGAUGGUAGCGAAUGAAGGCUACGCACGAGGCGUUGUCAACUAUUCGUGUCGCGUUCCAACGUGCGCCAGGGGCAGCAAUCCUCCUGUCAACAUCCCGGAAAUUCUUAGUCAAGCAGCAGAUGGGGCAGACGACGAUACGCUGAGAGAGCGAUUGGGACCUAGGUUUGCUGUUGGUCACAGGAACGCAAGCGGCGGAAUGAUUCCCCAAGCUGCAUUCGAGGAUUUCUUGGAGGCCAUCGGAGUUUCAAGCGAUGAAAAGCCAUCGCCUUCGCCGAAGAAGUCAGGAUAA